CAGCCUGAUCGCGACACUCCAUUCGUCGACCAGGUGGCUCCAUAAGUUGACUCUUUCGGUGCUGGUAAGACCAGUUUUCGAGGUUUGAGAAGCCUCUGGUCGUACAGAUGCCAUCCCCUUCGUCCGCCGCCACCAUGCCAGUAAUGAGUAACACCUCCGCUGAGCCAGAGGCCAGUUUGGACGUCGUAAAAAACUGCAGAAGUAAAAACGACGAAUUGUCGACUGGUGCGAGUACCUCAACGCAGGAAGAAGCUGAAACGGCGUGCGGAGACGAGCAAGAUCGUGUCUCAAUUCAGAGCGACGAUCGGAUCGAAUCCGAGAUCGAGCCAGAAGAAGUGGUUGAAAAAGUGAGCGAGGAGACGGCAAUCUUGAAGUCGACGACUGCAGAGGAGAAGACGAAGGAGGUUAUUGACACUGAAGAAAACGAAUUGAAGCCCGCAGCUACCAAGACGCAGAACGAACCCGCGCUGGAAACGUCCAGUGACGACUUGUGGAAAGAAGAGCAGAAGGAGAAGAAACCACCGCUGCCUACACGUCCUGCAACUGCGAGAAGUGCCGAGUCGAGUUCUGUCACUCGCCGUCCAUUUGUACCGCUGGCAUCAAAGAGUUGGCGCGUGCGAGCUAUGCAGUCCAACACGCACCUCACGCGUUUAAUGAAGGCAGCGUUGCUGCAGACGCUGCUACACGCUAUCCGCACUGGAUCGGUUGAAGGCGUGAAGGUUGCAAUUGAGCGUGGAGUGCAAGUUCAGUACCUGGACAGUCGCCAGCGCAAUCUCGUCAUGCUUGCCACCAAGUGCGACACCGACUCUCGGCUACGCAUUGUUAUAAUUCUGCUAGACGCUGGCUGUGAUAUGAACCACAAGGACCAGCUAGGUUGGAGCUGUCUGCAUUACGCUUGUGCCAGUGGAGCGGACGAUGUCGCUGCAGAGCUCAUUCGUCGUGGCGCCAGUGUCGAGUUUAACCCCUAUGGAUACGGCCCAGAAGACUUCAACAUUCCUAAGGUGGCACGUGCAAAAAGUCUGUUGCAACACACGGAGCAGCUGCAACACGAGCAAAAUGUGUGUUCUGCGUGGAUGUAUUUCCGCCGUCAAGCUGAAAAGUCUGGCUACAGUGUCAAGUGCAAAUCGAACUGCGAUCUUGGCAAGCCUCUCAAGAUUACAUUUCAAGCUCCUGCUGGGCACAGCCCCCUCGACCGUAUCCGCGUUGUUGAUAUGAACUCGGAUGUGGCGCUGUGGCUUCAAGUGUCGAAGACCUUUAAUAUUCCUCCUGGUGACGUGGGCACGAUCACGUUGGACGUGGAGACGCUGGACCGUCCGUCCUUGUAUCGUAUUGUUUACGAGAAAUAUGAGCCGACGCCUAUCCAGCUACCGGCCUCAGUUGCUGAAAGCAGUUUGUGUGUCAAGAAUCUGGACACGGGGACUACAGUGUCUAUGGGAAGCGUUAAUAAUCUGGUGCUUAAGGAACUCAAAAGCUCGCGAACAGCGAAUAAAACCAAGAAUUUGACCAGCUCAGCCAGACCAGCACCUAAAUCGGACAAGGCGACGAAUGCUUUGCGAAGAGGAUCCACAACUCGGGCGCGGGAGAUCACAGAAAUUGUGCAUGAAGCCAUGGUGGAGGAGGAGGAAGAAGGAGAAGAGGCCGAGUUCUCAGCUGAUGAGACAAUUACGACCCAGGAAGUGGCCGAGCACCCUGCGGUCACGAGUAUUACUGGCGUAUACAAGAUCGUGGCAAUGGGAGUUGUCAGUGUUUCGACGCUGAGAACUGCCAAGGCGAACGAAUAUGAAAUCACCAUCCGUGGCAAGGGUCCUCUUGGUCUACAACUGGCACCCAAGAUUGAAAGCUUGAAGAGAUCUCCACGUCUUAUUGUACGUCGCAGUCAAGGCCAAGCAGCAGCUGUGAAUCCGGGUGAUUGCCUCGUUGCGAUUAGCAACGCUAACAUCGAGCAUGCUGGUCUUAAGCACACGCUGUGGGCUCUGAACGAUGCAAAGCGCCCCCUUGUGCUGCGCUUCCGACGUGGUAAUGCCAAGGAGAAGAGAAGUCUGUUCAAGGCUGGACUAUCCAAGAUCACAGGACCCCGUAGACAACCUGUCAUUGCGGUGUAG